AUGCAGCGAUUGCUGGCAACACAGCCAUCCCAGAUUCGGUUCGACGAGAGCGGCGCUCUGACCACAAUCUGCGCCCAGGAAAAGGUCAUUGAUUUUCGAUCUGUCGGAGCCGCAAUUGAGAAGAUUCUCUCCUCACGAUUGUCUAAGGACAUUACAAUGCUCCAUAUGGAUGGUCUACGAUCAAUGGAGAAGGAAUGGGCGCACGGCAAACGAGAUCAGGCGCUGUCCAAGCAGUUGGAAACACUUGAACGAGAUUACACGGAGGGCAAGCUGCACAACAAAAGACAGCUAUACAAACGCCUGAAGGCGUCGUACCGAGCACCACCGGAGGCAUUGCGCGCCGUUUCGGAAGUACUGCGUCAGAGUGGAUGGACGAUUUGCCAAUGUCUCAACCAAAGCGACACGUGCAUUGCGCGGACAGUCAACAACGCUGCCGUACCCGGAGAUAUCCGAGUUAUCACCAAGGACUCCGAUCUCAUGGCAUUCGAGUCAAUCAUGUCCUUUUUUUCCUAUGGCUUGACAUCCAAUGUCGAUACGAUCCGUCAGUUCAAGAUGACAGGUCUUGAUGGAACGGUUGGCCAAGAUCGAGUGGAGGUGGUUCGGAUCUAUGUUAGGCGCUACCUUGACAUAAUACACCAAAAGGCCCGUACAAUCAAGGACUCAGCCACCCAAAGCGCACGUCGUCGACUGCGAUGCAAUCCUAACCCAACGGUGAAGGCACACGACAAGGAUCUGAGGAGGAUCGAAACGGCCGAUCGACAGCUGCGUGUAGAUUGGCGUCGUUCCAGAUUCCGCUCGCGCACAGACGUGCAAGAUCGCUAUGUGCCGGACACUGUUUUCCUAGAAAAGGCCAGCCCUGUUGAUGUCGUGGAACUUUCAGGAUUGAAGCCGUCGACCCCCCGUCCUUCAAAGCCCAAGGAGCAAUCCCCCCGUAUCGACCAAGUGCCUGCCCCCGCUGCCAAGAAGAAAAAGAAAAAACUCCUUGGCGAACCUAAAGGAAUAGCUGGACCCAAGGCCUUGAAGAGAGCGUUCCAGUCUGUUUUCGCAACGGUCACGCUCACGACUGGAUCCCUGCAAGGCUGCCUAGGAAGAUCAACCAAUCUGUCGAAAGCAGAGGUUGCGCAGCUAACCCAACACGUGAGUUCGGCAGUCUCUACCGUCAAUAGCGCCAAACACAUUGUGUACAAGCUUAUCGAGAUGCGCAUUCUACAGCCGCUGAUCGAGACUGGACUGAACCAGGCAGAGGAUGGACCGGACGAGAGCUUCCUAGAGAAGAUCCUGGAUUCCGAUUGGGCGGAAAGGUUUGUCCAAAACCUACUGUCCUUCGUCUUGAGGAAUUCCAUUGUCCCCCAAGGACGUCCACCCGCGUCGGACAAGAGCAAGGAUGCUGUCGCUGAAGCAAUCUCGACGUUUAACGAGUUCAAGAAGACGCUGUGCCCAGGGUUCAAAGCCCUCAACUCAACGGAUCUGGCUUUGAGUAAUAUCAUCGCGGAACUUGCACCCAAGAUCUGCCUAGAUCAGAAACUGCAUUACAGGAGAAUACCGGAGACUCUUAGAACAAAGCUCUCCAAGCUGUCCAUUGAUUGCGAUGGUCUUCCUGAAAUAGAUCAAGAUGGCACCGACGCUGGUGGUGAUGCCGGGGCUGCUGACGUUAACGAGGGUGUGGACGACGACGACGCCCUCAAGCGAUCCAAGAAGAUCAUUUUCAAGCCGGGUCAUAUUCAACUCUGCUGGCGAUAUUUCCUCCUCUUACCAUCAUCCAAGCGGCCCCGGUUCUGCACCCAGGCCAAAACGAGCGAUUCCUUCAUCGACAUCAACGAGGAAGCAUUGGUUGCGCUUCUCUGGGGAGAGAAGGCAGUUCAGUUGGACAACGUAUGGGAGGACACCCGCUACACUCACAACUGGGCAGCGGCAAAACAGCGUUCUUCGUACGGAGAGGUGAUCAAAGAACUAUUCAUCGGUGACCGAGAUGUCAUCAAGGAAGCCAGGAAUAAGCAGCAGACGACAUACGGGAAGAGGACAACAACCAUGGCUGAGCGUGAGGAGGCCCAUCCACACAUCUACGGACAGUUAGAGCUCGCACGGUAUUUGACGAAUAAGGUCAAUUUUUUCCGAGAACGGCACAACGCCUCCCUCACGGCCCCGACACCACCGUUGCCAUCAUCAACGCCAUCGUCAUCGACCACCGCCUCUUCCCACCCCACGUCAGCAGCCGCGAUCGAGAAGCUUUAUCCAACGCGGCAGCAUCUUAUCGACGCGUUUGGCGACGACCUGGAUUCAGUCAUUGUCGUCGGUAUUGAUCCCGGAGAGGUAGUGAGUGGUGCAUUUUGUUUGACACUUCCCGGUGGAAAAGUCAUCAAUCUGCUGAUCAAGAGGGCCUCCCUAUACCAGCCUACUCUGGCCUUCCGAGAUUGGGAACAGCAUUGGAAAAGGCGACACCCAACAGCUGGUCCAGGCGAUGUUGUCGACUCAUCCCUUUGGACACGGAUUACCGACCUGGACAAGCUCACCACUCUCCCGUCUGUCCACGACCUAGAGAAUUCUCUCCCCUCAACAAACUACGACACCUCGUUGGAUGCUUUGACGGCAGCUCACAAGAAGUACUACGAGCAGGAACCGCUGAUCCACGGGAUUUACGCGUCAAGAGAAUGGAAGGUAGCGGUUCACGAGCACAGAAUGGCGAAAAUGUCGGAGUUGGAUCUGGCCGUCGCUGGCGUUUUGCGGAUGGUGGAUGAGGCAUGUGAGGGCGUACCCAGUGCUGCGCUCGGAUACAAGGCUGCCCUGGUCGACGAGUAUCUUACUUCCACCAUGUGUCCAACAUGUGUGGUUGAGAACCGAGCCACCCGCCUCGCCAAGCCGUCGAUGAGGACAUGCGCCUGUGUUGAGUGCACUCGGUGGAUUCACCGAGAUGGAGUGGGGGCGCACAACAUCGCUUUGAUCGGAGAACAGUACCUCAAGUCUCUAGGACGGCCCGAGCCCCUUGCAAGACCCCCCAAACAAACCUAA